AUGGAGAUACAGGCGAUACAUCAAAAUUUGCAUUGGGAACCUAAUAAUGUAGAGCAGCCUAAUAACUAUAUAUCAGAUGAUGACGAUUUCGAAAGUGGAAAUAGCACAGCAAAAUUAUACGAACGCUCUCGUAUUAAGGCACUCGCAGACGAACGUGAAAUCGUGCAAAAGAAAACCUUCACGAAAUGGGUCAAUUCACAUUUAAUGGUUUUGAACGAGCGAGUUGAAGAUCUCUAUCUUGAUCUUCGUGAUGGUAAACAACUGCUAAGGCUUCUCGAAAUUCUCUCUGGGGAAAGACUUCCAAAGCCGACACGUGGCAAAAUGCGUAUUCAUUGUCUUGAAAAUGUCGAUAAAGCUCUGAACUUCCUCUGUGACCAACAUGUCCACCUGGAAAAUGUUGGCGCACAUGAUAUUGUGGAUGGCAACCAGCGUCUAACUCUUGGUCUGAUUUGGACUAUUAUACUUCGAUUCCAGAUUCAAGAUAUUAUCGUCGAAGAGUACCAGACUAGUGAGACUAAAUGCGCCAAGGAUGCCCUUUUGUUGUGGUGUCAAAUGAAAACUGCAGGUUAUAACAAUGUCAAUGUUCGUAAUUUCUCCACGUCAUGGCGUGAUGGUUUGGCUUUCAACGCUCUCAUUCACAAACAUCGUCCCGAUCUUAUUGAUUAUCCAAAAUUGGUUAAGUCUAAUGCUGCACAGAAUCUGCAAAAUGCAUUCACAGUUGCUCAUGAAAAUCUUGGAGUGUCACCGCUCUUGGAAGCUAAUGAUGUUUGUGUGGAGCAACCCGAUGAAAAAUCCAUAAUCACUUAUGUGGCUGCCUACUACCACUGCUUCAAUAAGAUGAAGGCUGAUACAGUACACUCUAAACGUGUUGGUAAGGUCGUAAACCAAGCAUUCGAAUCCUCCCAACUUCUUGAAAAGUAUGAAAUGGCUACCUCGGAUCUUCUUAACUGGAUUCAAAAGACUAUCGAACUCCUGAACGACCGUGUAUUUGCAAACUCGCUGACUGAUGUGCAACACCAGUUGGCAGGAUUCAAUACUUACCGCACUGUUGACAAACCACCAAAAUUUGUUGAAAAAGGUGACUUGGAAGUGUUACUCUUUACCUUACAGAGUAAAAUGCGAGCCAAUAAUCACAAGGUUUACACACCGCCUGAAGGUAAGCGCAUCGCUGAUAUUAACCGUGCUUGGGAGAAUUUGGAAAAGGCUGAACAUGCACGUGAAUUGGCCCUACGGGAUGAACUCAUUCGACAAGAGAAACUAGCCCAACUUGCCACCCGAUUUGAUCGCAAAGCUGGUAUGCGUGAAGCCUGGUUGUCCGAGAACCAAAGACUUGUUGCCCAGUAUAACUUCGGGUCAGAUUUGGCAACUGUUGAAGCUGCCACUAAAAAACAUGAAGCCAUUGAAACAGAUAUUUCCGCUUAUGCUGAACGUGUUAAUGCUGUAGUGAGUGUAGCGGACGAGUUGCAACUUGAAAACUACUACGAUAAUGAUCGUAUUCAGAUGCGUCGCGAAAAUGUUCUUCAAUUAUGGAAGAACCUACUUGAACUGCUCCGUAAACGCCGCAGCUGCUUGAAUUUGAGCCUCCAACUUCAGCGUGUCUUCCAAGAAAUGUCGUACUUGCAGGACUGGAUCGAUGAAAUUGGCAGCCGUCUUAAAUCUGAGGACUAUGGCAAACAUCUCAUGGGUGUUGAUGACUUGCUGCAAAAGCACAAACUACUUGAAGCUGACAUUAAGGUUCUUGACGAUCGUUUGAAUCAAGUGUUGGAGCAAGCGAAAGUAUUCAUUGACUGUAACUUCCCAGAGAAUGUUGAGGGCUAUCGUCCAAUUGAACCAGAGGUUGUUCAAAAGAAAGGUGAAGAUCUACGUGCAGCUUAUGACCAACUCUGUGAAUUAGCUUUUGCUAGACGUCGAGGGUUGGAGGACUCACGCAAAAUGUGGCAAUUCUUCUGGGAUAUGGAUGAUGAGAAGGAAUGGAUUAAAGAGAAGAGUCAACUUAUGUCUAGCCCCGAUUUGGGUCAUGAUCUCAGUUCUGUUGAACGCCUGCUUCGCAAACACCGUGCUCUGGAAGAGGAAUGUCAGAACCGCCAGAAUGUAUUCAAUAACGCUGUCAAUAUCGGUAAUCAACUUAUUGAAGAGGAUAACCGUGGCAAGGAGGAUAUUCAACAACGUAUUGAUGAAAUGCGCAAACUCUGGGAUCAAUUGGCUGAUGCCACUGCUGAUCGCAAGAAGCGUCUCCUUGAAUCUCAGAGAUUCUUCCAGCUCAUUGCUGAUUGUGAUGAUGCCAAUGCAUGGCUUCUAGAUCAACAGCGUAUUGCUAGUAAUGAGGAUGUUGGCGUCAAGAUGUCAACUACGGAAUCACUCAUUAAAACCAACCAAGAGCUUACGGAGAAUCUCGAAAACUAUCGUGAAACCAUUAAUGGUCUUCAUGAUACGGCCGCUGAAGUCUCGGAGUACCGUGAUUGCGAUUCGAACAUUAUUAGCUCUCAUCUUGGCACUGUUGAUGAUAACUAUGCUAAGGCGAUUGAAAUGGCUAAACAGAGACAACAGCGUCUCUUGGACGCUCUCUCAAUGUACAAACUCUUUGAUGUCUCUGAUACUGUUCGUACAUGGAUCACUGAAAAGAGGAAGCUUCUUACAACUCUCUGUCCCUCAGAUGAAAUUGAGGAGCUUGGUGUUAUUCGACACAGGUUUGAGUGCUUUGAGAAGGAAAUGACCAAGAACGCAGAAAAGGUUGGCUCAGUGAAUAAACUUUCUGAAAGUCUUAUUGGAACCGAUCACCCAGAUGCCCAACAGAUUAUAGUUCACCAAGACACUCUCAACACCACAUGGAAUGAUUUGGCUGAUUUAGUUGAGAAGCAGAAGAGUCAACUUGAGACUGCCUAUCAAUACAAUCAAUUCUUGAUUGAAUGCCAAGAGACUGCUAAUUGGAUCAAAGAGAAGGAACAGUUGAUUGAAUCAACUGAUGAACUUGGAAAUGAUCUUGAGGGUAUAAUGCAACUCCAAAGGCGUCUUAGUGGACUUCAACGUGAUUUACAAGCUAUCCAGGCUAAGAUUGAGCAUCUGGAUGAACAGGCCGACAUUCUUGAUGCUGCUAAACCCGAAGCUGCUGAGGUGAUUCGUGCUGAGAGGAAGAAGAUUCAUGAUUUGUGGGAUGAGCUCAAGGAGAUGCUUAAGGAACGUGAUGAUCGUCUCAAUGAUUCCAGCGAACUUCAACGCUUCUUGCAAGAUCUUGAUCACUUCCAAGUCUGGCUGCGUAAGGCUCAAACCACUGUUGCUUCUGAAGAUGUUCCUAACACACUUCCUGAAGCUGAGAAGCUGUUGCAAGACCACGAGCAGUUUAAGCCUGAGAUUGAUGGCUAUGAAGAUGACUUCAAGCGUCUUAUGGAAAUGGGACGCAAAGUUGUGGAGAACCAAACUGAUCCCCAAUACCUCUUCCUUUCUGAACGACUUGAUGGUAUUGAAGAGAACUGGGUCGCUUUGCACAAAAUGUAUGAGGAUCGUGACAAGGUCCUCAAACAGGAUGUUGAAGCUCAAUCAUUCUUCCGUGAUGCAACUCUUAUUGACAAGCUCAUUAACAAACAGGAGUCCCUCAUUGCUAAGGAAGUUGCUCCUACUCCUGAGUCUGUUGAAGAGGCUGUUCGUAAUUUGAAUACCUUCCAAUCUGCAAUGCCAGCAAAUGAAGAAAAGAUCGUUCAAGUUAUUGCUGCUGGUCGUGAUUUGGCUAGCCGUGGUGUUUUCCCAGCCGAUAAGAUCUUAACCAAGUGUGACCAACUUGAUCAGAAACUUCAAUCCAUCAAGGAUAAGGCUGUUGACCGUGAGGCUAAAUUAGCUCAACAAUCUAGACUUCAAGGUUUCGUACAAGACGUCGAUGAUGUUGAAGAAUGGAUUUCGGAGAAGGCUAUCAUGGCUCAACAAGCUCCUCCACUACUUAGCGCUGUUGGUAUUGCAGCCAUAUAUGGCAAAUUCAAAACCUUUGAGAGUGAAUUGGAUGCUAACAAGGAUAAAAUUGAAAAAGUUAUUUUUGAAGGUGAGCAGCUGAUGACUGAGGAACCACAACUUGUUGAACAGAUUGAACCCCGCAUGGAGGUUCUGCGGCGCCAAUGGGUAGAUCUCAACAAUCAAGCCCAAGAACAGAGUGCCAAGCUUGCUGAUUCUAAUCGCGAGGCCCUCUUUGGUGAAACUGCAAAGUCUAUGCUCACUUGGAUCACUGAGGUUUCCUCUCAAAUUGUCACUACUACUGAAGAAGUCACUGAAGAAGUUGGUCUUGUUGAACUCAAUGAGCAGAUCAAGGAUCAAGAGAAGAAGGAGCAAGAAUUGAUGGCCAAACGCAAGAUGCUCGAAGACAUGGCUAACCAUGCUGAGAAGUUGAAGGAGCAAUAUCCAGACAGAAAGGAUGAAUUCGAGCAGGUUCACCAGGAAGUACGCAUCCGUCUUAUGGAGCUGGAAGGUCCAAUGGCUAAUCGUCGUGAGAGACUUAUGAAACAGAAACGCGUGCGUCAGUUCUUCCGUGACUUGGAGGAUGAGAAGGAUUGGAUUCGCGAGAAGCUUGCUCUCAUUCAAGACCAAGGCAAGAUGGCCACUAGCCUCUUGGCUAAUCAACAAAUGCAACGUAGGCACAAGAUGCUUACUAACGAGGUUGAAAACCAUGAACCUCGAAUUAAUGCUGUGUGUCAACAGGGAGAGGAAAUGAUUGGUGAAGGUCAUCCGCAUAGUGAGAAGUUCCGAGAGGGUAUUGAUGAGGUCCACGCUCUUUGGGCUGAACUCAAACAAGCUUUGGCUGAUAGACAAGCUGCUCUAGUCCAGAACGAGGUUGCUCAACAAUACCUCUUUGAUGCUAGCGAGGCGGAAGCUUGGAUG